UAUAACUAUACACCACAAACUUUACGUUUCCUCUUACAGACAAAGAGGCACAUCUUUAGGAAAGAGAAGCUCAAUUCCAGAGAGAAAGAGUGGGGGAGACUGUGUUCAGAAAGAAAGAUAGUGCUUGGAGAGAGUGUGACGGAUAUGGAAAGAAAGGCCUUGGUGUUGUGUAGUUUUGUGGGUUUCUUGGGGUUAUUAUCAGCUGCUACAGGUUUUGCUGCAGAGGCCACCAGGAUUAAGGGUUCUGAGGUUCAGUUCACAUCUGCCACUCAAUGCGCCUAUCCUCGGAGUCCUGCACUGGCUCUUGGUUUAACUUCAGCUGUGGCACUUAUGUUGGCACAAGUAAUUAUUAAUGUUGCAAGUGGGUGUAUUUGUUGCAAAAGAAGCCCUAACCCUUCAAAUUCAAAUUGGACGAUAGCAUUAGUCUGCUUUGUUGUUUCCUGGUUCACAUUUGUGAUAGCUUUUCUUCUCUUGCUAACUGGUGCUGCGCUCAAUGAUCAACAUGGCGAAGAGAGCUUGUACUUUGGGAGUUACUACUGCUAUGUUGUCAAACCAGGGGUCUUUGCUGGUGGUGCUGUCUUGGCCCUUGCAAGCGUCACCCUUGGAAUUCUCUAUUACCUUACUUUCAACUCAUCAAAGAGUGUUAAUUGUCCUUGGGGCAAUCCUCCUGUUUCUAAUCCAAGUGGCAUAGCCAUGGGACAACAUAUCACACCACAGACCACUCAAGAUCCUGUUUUUGUACACGAAGAUACUUAUAUGAGACGACAGUUCACUUGAUCGGUGAUUUCUGAACCCAUUUGGAUUGCACUGCUAAAUGUCAUAGACAUGCACUUUUCAAUCGCAUAGCUUCUUAUUAGCGGCAGGCAGUAUGGGAAAGCUGGGUUUAACUGUGUGGCAUCCUAGUUCCUUUGCUGGCAUUGGUGUAUUCACCUUUAUUUAUUCCUUUUAAAUGAUCAGAGUACACUUCUACAAAUUGUAUUUAUGUAUAUAUACACCCUGGAGGAUUAUUUUGCAGCUUUAAAAAAAAAAAUGUUAGGCCCUUUGUUAUUGUGCUUCAAGAUGGACUGUGGGUCAUGAAAUACUGCAAUCUGUAUUGUGUGUUGAGUAUAUAUACUUUUGCAAUAAGUACUCCACCCUGUAUUCAGUUGUUCA